AUGCCAUUAUCAACCUUAUUGGAAAAACAUAUUAUUAAAUCUAAUGAGAGAUUAAGUAAAAGUAACAUUAAAGUCUAUUGCAAGGCAUGUGUUGAACAUCUACAAAAAUGUGUACAUUUCGCGAACAAAAUAACACCAGACGAAAAAGCAGAAAUUUUCGCUUUAUCUAAUAAAGAAAUUUCAAAUGAAAAACAUCCUGAUAAAAAAAGUGCAUUCAAUUCCUCAAAGUCUUCUUCAGCUCAAAAAGUCAUUACUACUGGUGAAGAAGACAAUGAACUUUCUAAUGAAAUCGAACCCGAAAGUGAAGCAAGAUGUGAGCUUGAAUCUGAAGAAAUUGAAAAUAAUGUCACAAUUGAAGACUUUAAUGAUGAAGAGACAGUAGAAUCAAAUUCUUUGAAAGAAGAAUUUAGCCAAUUCUUGGACGUAUGGGUAGCAAUAUUAGCAGAGAAAAUUGAAGAAUCAGCAGGUAUAGAUGAAGAUGAAAAUGAAGAAAUAUUUUCUUUAUUAGUUGGUUCAGUUGGUGAUAUUAUUCACCCAGCGAUUGACCCUAAUACCAAAUGGGACAUAAUUAUGCUUUUUAACGAAUUACCAUUACCGUAA